CUGCCACGUCUGCUCAGCUCCGCGAUAAUGGAGGCUGAGGAUGAGUGCUGACGGGGCUGGGCUCUUCCUCUAGCUUUAGUUCUGGCUCUGACUCUGGCACUGCCUCGGUGUCUGGGUCUGGCAGCGCGAAGCCUGGACACCUUUUCUCGACUCUCCGGGAGGGGACGGCCCGCGGGCAAGCAACUGGUUUGGAGCGCCUCAACCUGGGCAGGGAGUUCUCUUGCCUGGGGUCCAGCCUGUAAAGCCGCCUCCUCCCAGGGAUCCCUCCCCACUGGCCUGGCCUCCUCCAUGCUGUUGAAACAGGCUGACAACCGUUGACCUGGGUUGCAGCUACAGGUGGCACUGGAAGCAGACUGGUUCCUGGACAUGCCCGGUGGAAGGAGGGGCCCUAGUCGGCAGCAGCUAAGCCGUUCAGCUUUACCUUCUUUGCAGACUUUGGUUGGUGGGGGCUGUGGCAAUGGAACAGGCCUGAGAAACAGGAAUGGUAGUGCUAUUGGCCUUCCGGUCCCACCUAUCACAGCCUUAAUCACCCCAGGUCCUGUUCGUCAUUGCCAAAUUCCUGAUUUGCCUGUGGAUGGGAGCCUGCUCUUUGAAUUUCUCUUUUUCAUCUACUUGCUGGUUGCUCUGUUCAUUCAGUACAUCAACAUCUAUAAAACAGUGUGGUGGUAUCCUUAUAAUCAUCCUGCCUCUUGUACUUCAUUGAAUUUUCAUCUCAUUGAUUACCACCUGGCAGCAUUCAUCACAGUGAUGCUUGCGAGGAGGCUUGUAUGGGCCCUCAUCUCAGAGGCCACUAAGGCGGGUGCAGCAUCAAUGAUUCACUACAUGGUUCUCAUAUCAGCUCGCUUGGUGCUACUUACUUUGUGUGGAUGGGUACUUUGUUGGACCCUGGUCAAUCUCUUCCGAAGCCAUUCAGUCCUCAAUCUCCUUUUCCUUGGCUACCCGUUUGGUGUUUAUGUUCCUCUCUGCUGUUUCCACCAAGAUAGUAGAGCUCAUCUUCUUCUUGCAGACUAUAACUACAUGGUUCAGCACCAGGCGGUAGAGGAAAGCGCCUCGACUGUGGGUGGCUUGGCCAAGUCCAAAGACUUCCUCUCCUUAUUGCUGGAGUCUCUAAAAGAACAGUUUAAUAAUGCCACACCCAUCCCCAGCCACAGCUGCCCCCUGUCUCCAGACCUCAUUCGCAAUGAAGUAGAAUGUCUGAAAGCAGAUUUCAACCACAGAAUCAAGGAAGUUCUCUUCAACUCUCUCUUCAGUGCCUACUAUGUUGCAUUUCUCCCCCUGUGUUUUGUGAAGAGUACCCAGUACUAUGACAUGCGCUGGUCAUGUGAGCACCUCAUUAUGGUGUGGAUCAAUGCUUUUGUCAUGCUCACCACACAACUGCUGCCAUCCAAAUACUGUGAUUUGCUACAUAAAUCAGCUGCUCACCUGGGCAAGUGGCAGAAGCUUGAACAUGGGUCCUACAGCAAUGCUCCACAGCACAUUUGGUCAGAAAAUACAAUAUGGCCUCAAGGGGUGCUGGUGCGACACAGCAGGUGCUUAUAUAGAGCCAUGGGGCCUUACAACGUGGCAGUGCCUUCAGACGUAUCCCAUGCCCGCUUUUAUUUCCUGUUUCAUCGUCCAUUAAGGCUGUUAAAUCUGCUUAUCCUUAUUGAGGGCAGUGUUGUCUUCUACCAGCUCUAUUCCUUGCUGCGGUCGGAGAAGUGGAACCAUACACUUUCCAUGGCUCUCAUCCUCUUCUGCAACUACUAUGUUUUAUUUAAGCUCCUCCGGGACAGAAUAGUAUUAGGCAGGGCAUACUCCUAUCCACUCAAUAAUUAUGAACUCAAGGCAAACUAAGCUGCCUCUCAGCAAUGAGGGAGAACUCAGAUAAAAAUAUUUUCAUACGUUCUAUUUUUUUCUUGCGAUUUUUAUAAAUAUUUAAGAUAUUUUAUAUUUUGUAUACUAUUAUGUUUUGAAAGAUGGGAAGGGCAAGGGACAUUAAAUGUAUCCGUAAACAA